CUGCCGUUUGUCGGGCAGUUCGGGCACUCGUUCGGAAUUCGGAUCAGUUCAAGUCAUCUCGGAGCGUUCGCUAACGGCAACGAGACGACUCCAAAGCUACUCCGCGAUCCGUUGUGAACCUAGAGACUCAUAUACCUACAAUUCGCAAUCGACAAGGAAUCGGGAGAGGCGCGCAUCGAGAGAGGAAAAGGGACUCCCGAGAAAACUGCGAAUGUUGAUGCGCGGGACCGUUCUCGCCCCCCGCAGUCGCUGUAUUUACGUUGGACGGUUUUAACGAACGGCAAGAUAACAAGAGACUCCUCGGUAUCGACCGUGUCUUCCGGAAUCGUGAUACUCCGUGUCCGACUGCACAGUUCCAUCCGGGAUAAUCGUCGUCCCGGUACACACCGGCAAGUUCGAGUGGCAAAAUGAUAAAAACGAAAUGAGUGAUCUACUUAACACCAUUGUAAUGGAGACCUCGUAUCCCGAGUCCGAAAAUUGUUUGAAGGUGGCAUCGCCGAUGCUGAACGUAGCGCGACAGGACUCGGGUGUACCGGAGGAUCUUGUUUCGCCUCUCAAUGGAGAGGAAGAUCCGGAUCUCACUAUGAACAGCGAAUGCAACAUCACCGUUAUCCAUAUCAGCGAGUCGCAGAACGUCAAGACAAACGAUAAGUCACUGGCCGAAAAUAAGGACAGCAAGGAUGGUAGUGACAGCGGUGUUGAAGGUUGCGCGACGGAAGUUCCAAGAGUACGCAGUAGAAAUAGCAUCGACUACACGAGCAGUUGCGGUGGCUUAGACGAUGCUUCUUGUGCAUCCAGCCUCGUCAGUUGCUGCUCAGUGUACGAAGAUGCAUGCGGAUCCACGUUGCCAGACGAUGUGCGACUGGGUGCUACUGGUGGCGAGGGCACGAGCGAGGGCGGUAGUGAAAGCUCGUCCAUCGCUGGCAGCGUGUCCGUGCGAACGAGCCGUAUGAAUGUGAAGAGGAUCACAACGACGUCUAGUGCGACUAAGAAGAAGAUUACGAGCGGUACCGAAUCGCAGAAGAGCGCUCGCACAAAACCAACAAACACAACCUCGAGCACGAGCUUGGGCUCGACGACGCCGCGAUCCAAAUCGCGAACAGCAACUCCUAGAAACAUACUGACCAAGACUCAAAGCACGAGCAGGGAGCGGGACCAUCGACCACGAUCAAGAGAGAAAUUGAGCGCCCGGGAAUCGAACUCGUCGCUCGUUGGGGAUGUCUCCAAGACGCCUGUUGGAAGUCGUAGUACGGUGAUGUAUGGUUGUCGGUCUAGCAGCAACGUAAUGUCCAGUUCGAUAUCCACUCCCACUUCGUCCUCAAUCGCGAAGACGAGAACGAGGGUGUUGCCCGAUUCGCUGCCAUCCGCACUGACCACGGAGAUCAAUAAGGAUCUUGCGCAGCGUAGCGGGAGAGUCAUCAGGAACGAUUCGUCGAGAUCGAGGACCGCAUCUAGCACGCGGGGAGCGCGCACGCCGGUGUCCACGCCGUCUGAGGAAACGAGAGUGAAGGUACCGUCUUUAUCAACUUCUCGUGCUCUCUGUGCAAAGAGUACCGUCUCACGUACUGAUAAUAAAGCUACUGGUCAAGAUAACAAGGCACUCGAUACGUACGCAACGUUACCGCGUAGGAACAGAAAUAAAUUGAUAAUUUCGAAAAUUGGAGAGAAGACGGACAAGACAGCAAGAAGUAGAUCCGGAAGUCGAGACGUUAGCCUCAGCAGAACCAUUGAGAAGAAAAACAUCAUGGGGAGAGAUUCAUCUUCCGCUCAUAAAAGCUUACCGCCCUAUCCCAGACAAAGAACCGUCGAGAAGACUCGUAUAUAUCACGAGACUAGUGCGCAGACCGGCUUGACCGGGCAGGACAUCGAGAACAUGAUGUCUGGACAACCGAGCGCCGUCGCCGGGCCCGAAGUCAUUGAGAGACUGCAUAAGGAUUGCCAAACGGAGGACGCAUGGAAUGACGUGCAGACUUUGCAGGAUAACUUGAGACGCUUGAACGAGGAAAGCAGCAGUCUGCGAAAAGAGAACGAGAGAUUGAAACUCGAGUUAGCCGAAGCGAAUCGUCUUCUAGAAGAGGAACGGGCCGAUCACGCGUUUGCGCGUCAGGAACUUGAUAGGAACGCACAACGAGUACUGGCUAUGCUAGGCACGCCGCAAUCGGAACACGCAGAAGGUAGUGACAGCUUCCUCGAACUCGAAUGUCAUAUACAAUCCUCGGGACAAGUUGUUGCUAAUCAGCAAGUCGAAAUAGCUGAUCUGCAAUCGCUCUGUCGUAUGUUAAACAGGGACUUGGACAAAAGUCUAGCCGCGCAGAAAGCUUUGCUACAACAGCAACAAGAAUUGGAAGCCGAAUCAGCCGAGAUGCAAGAUUUCCUUCAAGAAGAGAAGGCUACCUUAGCGGAUGCACUUAAAGACGCUGAACUGGAGCUUAAAAAGAAAGGGGAAGCUUUAACUCAAAAAGAAACGGAAUUAGAAAGGCAAACAGAAGAGUGUAAGCAUUUAGUGCGAAUUAGCGAACAAAGAAGGCAAGAAAAUUUAUCAAUGAGUCUAAAGUUGAACGCCGUUGAACGAAGAAGUAGAGAACUUUUACUCACUCAAGGCGCUGCCAUGUCCGGAGCGGCUGUAGCUCUUUCCGGACUUAGCACCAGAUUGGAAGGACUAGUAGAUCAAUUAAUCGCUUCUUAUAAUAUCUCAGUAAAAGAUCUUGAGGAUGUCAUAUAUCAUAACGAAGCAUACAGUAGAAGUAACAGUAGCGUGGAGUCUAGUCCGGUUAGUUCUAAACAGAGUUUGAAAGAACGCACGCCGAGUCCAAAGAGUGGAUCCUUCGUUUCCGCAGUGAUCAGCGCUAUUCGGAACGCCGCAACGCAUCCCUUCGCGGCAAGAAACAACCUCGAUAAAAAAUCCAGUCUAGAUUCAUCUAAACAGAUUUACAAAGAACUAAGUAUGGAAUCAUCGUCUGACUUGCUUGAUUUUGAAACUGAACCAUGUUUGAUGAUGGAGAGCGUUUUGGAAGACGUACCUUUGCCAGACACAUAUUCGCAUAACAUGGUAUCGAGCAGCGAUUCUCUCCGCAGAGCACUGAGUUUCUCCGAAACGUCGGACGAGCAUAAUAUGAGAAAGACAAAAUACAUCGAUGAGUGUACUAGUCUCACAAAUCUCACCCAGGCAAUCUUGCAUCGUCGUAAAGUGGAAGACGAGGGUGAUGACGAUUGCGAUUCCGUGAGCGAAUCUGACACCGGGACCAAUGAUGGUCCUAUGCCUUUGGUGGAUUACUGUCCAUCUGUGGAUCUUGUCGAUCAAGUGAUCGAAGUGGACAAUCUCGUUACCAAACUUCUGAAAGUGUUACGAAUCAUACAGCUUGACAACGAUACGUGUAUACAGGAAUUGAAAGAAGAUAAAUCUAACUUGGAGAUAAAAUUAGAAGCCACCGUAACGGAAUUGAACGAGCUUCGUAAGAUUAUCGAUAACUUUCAUCAAUCGCCGGAAGAUGUCCUGAACAACGUAUCCGAUCGACGACGUAGCGUUGGCGUUAUGGAGAAUUGUCGGAUUUUGCUCAAAGAGGUAAUAGCCGGCGAUGUUGCCGAUACAUUUUGAUAGUGUACUUCUUCCACGCUACUGCCAUAUCUGAGAUAAAUUAUUAACUUUCAUGAAAGAUAUGUCAAAUGGUUUAAUUCCUCGAUAGACGAGUAAGAAGGAAUUAAAAUUUAACGAGGCCGUACUUGCUACUAAUAGCAGUUUUGGCGAAAUAGACUGAGGAUCUCUCGAUGUGGAGUGACUUCCGCUUAAUAUUUUAAAAUAUUUAUAAAUUUCUUA